AUGAAGCUGCACGUCAUUGUUGUUGGACGGUCUGAAAACCUAUAUGCUGAUUUGUUCAAAUUUGAAGAUGAUGCUUGGGUAAAGGUGUUUUCUUUCGAUACGCCUCAUGUUGUUGAUUAUCUUGAAAGGCGUCGAAGGAAUAAUAUAAUUCAAGACAACAAGUGGCUCAUAACAAGCAUCUGGGGUGAUAUUGUAGAAGUUGACCUUUCCAACGAAUCUUUUGAGUACCUACAACAUGUUGAUGACUACACUGGAAUGUCUAAAAGAAAAAACGUGUUUUCAACUGAAUCUUACAACAAAGGAAAAGAAAACAUUUCUAACGGUGUUCCAGCCAUCUUAAAUACGAAUGCAUCUACAAAUAUUACAACUGGUCAUACAAAUGUUCGUAGAGGUAGAAGGCCAUUAUCGACAAUUACUAAUGUUGUUGUUCCCACUGUAACACAAGAUCAGGCAAGACAUAGUCGAAAAAUUAGGAAAGUAUUAUUGGAUAACAAAAGAUCAAAAUUAGAUGGAUGUCCAUCAAAUGUUGACCAUACAAUGGUCAUAACAACUGAUUCGAUACCCACUCCUUCUAUUCGACCGUUACCCAACAAUUAUCGGCUUUAUCUGCAGAUAACAGCCGCUUUAGGGAAGAGUAUACAUCGCUCUCCUGAUCUAGAAGCAACUCCAAAUGUCAUUACUAAUCGUACUGCAUCAUUCAUGGGAACAAGAAAUUUAAGUUGUGUUACGAACAACGGUACACCACCAGCAGACGCUACUCCCGGUCAUAUUGCAUUUAACAUUACGUCAUUUAGUGGCACCUCCGGUAUUCUUCAAAAUUCUUCUUUUGAAAGGUUGUCAUCCGGUAAACGUAAGUUAAUUGGUAGACCACGAAUUACUUCUCCAAUACCAAUUAUUGACUUUACCACAGAGCAAAUUGUGGUUCAAGAUCCCUUGAAAGGUGUUUCAAAAGAUUAUUUGGACCAUGGUGACCAAUGCGUUACUUGUGAAGUAUGUAAUGCAAAGUUGUGGAAUGCAGAAAAAGGAAAAGGAAGAAAAAAGGAUGGAAAAGUUUGUUAUUUCAUUUGUUGUUCUUAUGGCAUAGUAGAGCUUCCAGAUUACAAAGAUGCAAGAGGAAGUUAUCGAAUCCUGUUUACUAACAAUGGUGAUGAAAGCAAGCACUUUUUGAAAAAUAUUCGCCGUUACAAUUCUAUGUUCGCAUUUACUUUAAUGGGUGGUAAGGUUGAUUCGACGGUUAACAGAGGCGAUGGUCCUUUUUGCUUUAGAAUUAGUGGUGAGAAUUAUCAUACCAUUGGAAGUCUUAUGCCAAUCAACGGAGCUCAACCAAAAUUUUGGCAACUAUACAUAUAUGAUACUGAGAACGAAAUUUCAAACAGGCAAUCGAUAUUUAGGGGUUCAGAUGGUGCAUCUUCUUCUUCAUCGGCAAAUGUUGAUAUUAAAUUAAUCGAACAUAUAAAGGAUGUACUAGACAAUGACAACGAGUUGGUCAAAACUUAUAGAAGAGUUAGGGAUUCCUUCCAAGACAACCCUAAUGUAAAUGUGAAGCUUCGAAUAAUUGGAUCAAGAGAAAAAGAUGGUCGCACGUAUAACUUACCAACGGCUGGUGAGGUCGCUGCUCUUAUUGUUGGUGAUAUCGAAAAUGUGGUUGACAAUAGAGAUAUUGUAGUUGAGACUCGAACAGGUGAACUAAAAAGAAUUAGUGAGUUGCAUCCAUCAUAUCUUGCACUACAAUAUCCGAUUCUGUUUCCGUAUGGAGAUGAUGGCUACAGAAUUGAUAUCCCUCAUAGAGGUGUUGUUGAUGUUGUUAAUAAAACACGUCCAAAGUGUACUAUGAGAGAGUUCUUUGCCUAUCGUAUCCAGGAUCGUAUAAAUCAGUUUUCAUUAAUCCUUAAUUCUAAGAGGCUUUUCCAGCAGUUCCUGGUUGACGCAUAUACUAUGAUAGAGAGCGAGAGACUUAGGUACAUACGAUAUCAACAAAAAGAUCUUAGGUCCGACACAUAUGAAAGUCUCCGUAAAUUACGAAGUAAAGGUCAAGAUGAUAUAUCUAAAGCUGGAAAACGCAUUUUUUUGCCAUCUUCUUUUACUGGUGGAGCACGAUAUAUGAUGCAAAACUAUUUAGACGCUAUGGCUCUGUGUAAGUGCUUUGGUUAUCCAGAUUAUUUUAUUACCAUAACAUGCAAUCCAAAAUGGCCAGAAGUUCAACGGUUUCUCAAAGACACCAAUCUUAGUCCGGAAGAUAGGCCUGAUAUCCUGUCUAGACUCUUCAAAAUAAAAUUCGAUUCAAUCUGCAAAGAUUUAAAAAAGAAUCAUCUAUUAGGCAAAGCGUCAGCAGUUGUUUACACUAUUGAGUUCCAAAAACGUGGUUUGCCUCAUGCACAUUUAUGCUUAUUCAUGGAACCUGAAUUCAAAUUACCUACUGUGGACCAUGUUGAUUCAUUUAUAUCUGCUGAAAUUCCAAACAGAGAUGAAGAUCCAGAAUUAUUCAUCCUGGUGAAAGAGUAUAUGAUACAUGGUCCAUGUGGUAAUGCUAGGAGUGUGGUUCCUUAUAACAAAAAAUUAUUGAAAAGAUAUCAAGCUCAUAUCAACGUUGAAUGGUGCAAUCAAGCCGCGUCUAUAAAAUAUCUUUUUAAAUACAUCAAUAAAGGUCCUGAUAGAGCCACUAUAGCUGUUGUGCAUGGUGAUAAUCAACCGGAAGAGCAACCACAAGACGAGAUCAAAGAGUAUUACGAUUGCCGCUAUAUAUCAGCUUGCGAAGCAUCUUGGAGGAUAUUUGCUAAUGAGGUACAUUAUAGAAGACCUUCUGUUAUGAGGCUUCCAUUCCAUUUACCUGGCCAACAACCUGUUGUUUUCGGCCCUGACGAGGAUAUUAACUCCGUUCUAAACAAACCUUCAGUUAAAUCUUUAAUGUUUCUAUCAUGGAUGGAACGUAAUAAAGACCCAAAUGACCUGUUGGCACGUACACUUACAUACGUUCAGUUCCCUAUUUUUUAUGUAUGGAAGCUUGACAAGCGAGUAUGGGAACCAAGAAAAGGGAAAAAAUCAAUUGGCAGGAUUCAUUCCGUAUCUCCAUCUUUAGGUGAAGCGUAUUUCUUGAGAAUUCUUCUUAACAAGGUUAGAGGACCAACAUCGUUUGACGACAUUAAAACAGUUAAUGGUAAAGUUUACGAUACAUACAGAGAUGCUUGCUACGCACUUGGUCUUUUAGAUGAUGAUUCAGAAUAUGUAGAGGCAAUAAAAGAAGCAAAUUUAACUGGAAGCGCUUCAUACAUUCGCAAUUUAUUUUCUACGAUGUUGUUAUCCGGUAGUCUAUCUAGACCUGAGGUUGUUUGGGAAACUUCGUGGAGAUACAUGGCGGACGAUUUUGUUUACAGAUUAGCAAAAUACCAUCGAGUUACAGCGUUAUCAAUUCCGGAUCACCAACUGAAGAACUAUGUGUUGGUCGAAAUUGAAAAGUUUUUAUUGCGAAAUAAUUCUUCUUUGCGAAUAUUUGAAUCAAUGCCAUAUCCAGAUAUGUCGUCUUCAGUUAUUUCCGAUUGUCGUUUGAUAUACGAGGAGCAGGCAUAUGAUACAACAUACCUUGGAAAUCUGUACGAUAGUCAUUUGACAAUGUUAACUGAUGAACAACGCUCUGUUUUUGAAGAGAUUAUGGCAGCAGUAAACAGUGAUAACGGUCAGAUUUUUUUCCUUUAUGGCUAUGGCGGAACAGGUAAAACAUUUCUAUGGAAAACAUUGUCCGCUGCAAUUAGAUCAACAGGUCAAAUCGUGUUAAAUGUGGCUUCAAGUGGAAUUGCAUCGUUGUUGUUAGAUGGUGGCAGGACUGCACAUUCCAGGUUUAGCAUACCGUUGAAUCUUACUGAAGAUUCCGUAUGCCAUAUAAAACCAGAAAGUGAUUUGGCUAAAUUACUUCACGAGACUAAAUUGAUAAUUUGGGAUGAAGCACCUAUGGUUCACAAACAUGCAUUUGAAGCGCUCGACAGAACAAUGAAUGACGUUUUCAACAUUGACACAUCUCUAAAUUCUGAAAUCCGCUUUGGAGGUAAGGUUAUUGUUUUUGGAGGGGAUUUUAGACAAAUAUUACCUGUUGUUCCAAAUGGUGGCAGACAAGAGAUUGUUAAUGCCUCCUUAUGUUCGUCUUAUUUGUGGAGUAAAUGUAAAUUGCUAAGACUAACUAGAAACAUAAGGUUAACGGUUGGAAGAUCUACGGCUGAUGUUGAUGAAAUAAAUAGUUUUGGCAAAUGGCUUUUGGAUUUGGGUGAGGGUAACGUUGGUGGUCCAAAUGAUGGAGAAGCAACUAUUGAAAUACCACGAGAUCUUUUGAUUACUGAUCCAUCUGAUCCAAUUGGAAGUUUAAUUGAUUUUGUUUAUCCAUCAAUCUUGGAAAACGUAGACGCCCAUAACUAUUUUAGUGACCGGGCCAUACUUGCACCUAAAAAUGAAGUUGUUCAUGAGAUUAAUGACAGGUUACUAGCAAUGUUUCCUGGUGAAGAAAAAGAGUAUCUUAGUUCUGACAGUCUUUGUCCGUCUGAAGAUGUAAAUUCUACACAACAAAGACUUUACUCUCCAGAUGUGCUCAAUGGUCUUAAAAUAUCUGGCCUACCAAAUCAUAGGUUAGUCCUUAAAGUUGGUGUUCUAGUCAUGUUAUUAAGAAAUAUUGAUCAACGGAAUGGAUUGUGCAACGGUACAAGGCUACAAGUAAAGAAGCUGCACAACCGUGUAAUAGAAGCAGAGAUAAUAUCUGGUUCAAAUAUUGGUACUUGCACAUAUAUCCCUCGAUUAAACUUGAUACCUUCUGAUAAAAAGAUUCCUUUCUCUUUUCAAAGAAGACAAUUUCCACUGGCCGUAUGUUUUGCAAUGACCAUCAACAAAAGUCAAGGUCAAUCUCUUUCAAGAGUAGGUUUGUACCUCAAACAACCAGUCUUCUCUCAUGGUCAGUUGUAUGUUGCCUUAUCAAGGGUGAAAACAAGAAAUGCUGUGAAGAUACUCAUACUUGACAACAAUGGAAAACCUACGGAUAAAACAACUAAUGUGGUGUAUAAAGAGAUAUUCAACGAUUUGUGA